GAAAAAAAAGAAGGAAAAUUUUAGAUACCCUGCCGCACGCCGCGACCUUCGGCCCCGUCUCCGGUCUCCGCCUUCCCCCACCUAUUGGGGAGCGCUCCUGAUUCGCGGGAGCCAGCGGGCGAGACAAAGAGAAUCCCCCGCUCCUGCGCCGCCGCGGAUCAGCGCCGUCGCCGAUCGGAGGCUCUCGCUUCCCCCGGCGGGCGGCGCGCGCCGGGAGAUGGACGGCGGCGCGGGCGCGGGCGCCGGCCGGAGGAACGUCUCAUCGUCCUCCGGAUCCAGGAGGAGGGUCCUGCCCGCCGAGAACGGGCACGGCCAUGACGCCCCGCCGCCCUCCAGGCGGUCCUCCGUCUCCCUCUCCCGCGGCCACUCCACGUCACUGACCGGCGAGAGGACCGUGAAAAGGCUGAGGCUGUCCAAGGCGCUGACGAUACCGGAUCACACAACCGUGCACGAGGCUUGUCGGAGGAUGGCGUCACGCAGGGUUGACGCCGUGCUGCUGACUGACUCCAACGCUUUGCUCUGUGGGAUCCUCACCGACAAGGACAUAACCACAAGGGUGAUUGCUCGUGAGUUGAAGAUGGAAGAGACACCGGUCUCCAAGGUCAUGACCCGAAACCCUGUAUUUGUUCUCGCGGACACGCUUGCAGUCGAGGCGUUGCAAAAGAUGGUGCAAGGUAAGUUCAGGCAUCUGCCUGUCGUGGAGAAUGGCGAGGUCAUUGCAAUUCUGGACAUAGCCAAGUGCCUAUAUGAUGCUAUUGCACGGAUGGAAAGGGCGGCGGAGAAAGGAAAAGCAAUUGCCGCUGCCGUCGAGGGCGUUGAAAAGCAUUGGGGAGCAGCUGUGCCUGGUCCUAACAAUUUUAUUGAGACGCUUCGAGAACGGAUGUUUAGGCCAUCGCUGUCUACUAUUAUCUCUGAGAAUCCAAAAGUUGUCACUGUUGCACCAUCAGACAUGGUGUUGACAGCAUCAAAGAAGAUGCUGGAAUUAAAAGUGAGUUCAGCAGUUGUAGCAAUUGAAAACAAACCUGGAGGAAUUCUGACAUCUAGAGAUAUAUUGAUGCGUGUUAUCGCCCAAAAUCUUCCUCCUGAGUCCACCACGGUCGAGAAGGUCAUGACUCAGAGUCCUGAAUGUGCCACAGUGGACACCCCAAUUCUUGAUGCUCUUCACACAAUGCAUGAUGGGAAAUUUUUACAUUUGCCUGUCCUGGACAGGGAUGGAAAUGUUGUGACUGUUGUUGAUGUUCUUCACAUAACUCAUGCUGCAAUUGCUACGGUUGGAAACAGCGGGGCAGCUGGAUCCGAGGCAACAUCUGCCAUGAUGCAGAGGUUCUGGGAUUCAGCAAUGUCCAUUGGACCUAUUGAUGAUGACGAUGACUCGAGAAGUGAAGGGUCGACUAGAGUGGUAUCUGAGGCAACAGAUAUAGGAAGACCAGCCUUCUUUCCAGCUUCUGGCUUAUCAAACACUUUUGGGUUCAAGAUUCAGGAUAAGCAAGGGAGGAUGCACAGAUUUAACUGUGAAACAAGCGGCCUGGCAGAGCUGAUAACCAGCAUUCUUCAGAGGGUCGGCGACGACAUUGACAGAAAACACCUGCCGCAAAUUUUGUACGAAGACGAGGACCGUGAUAAGGUCGUGCUUUCGUCGGACAGUGACCUUAUAGCCGCUGUGGACCAUGCGAGAAAGAUCGGUUGGAAGAGCAUAAGGUUGCAUCUGGAUUACGCCGGCGUUGGCCGGCGGAAGGGAGGGGGUGGACCUUCGGACUUGGAGUACGCUGGCAAGGACGCAGCAUGGGCUUCUGCGUACAGCGCCGUCGCGGCAGGGGCGGCUCUGGUUGCUGGGCUCGGUGUGAUGGCCUACUUGAAACGGUCGGGGUAAAAGCUUGGAGGCGGAGAGCACGACGGCAGAGGGAGCACACGCUUCUCAUCGGAUCUGUGUGAUACAAAUGAUACUGCGUCGGAACGAGCAGAAUGGCUGUGUAAGUAAUUCUUGUGAAAAAGAGAGAGAGAGAGGGAGAUUUUAAUAAUACUAGUGUCAAGGCAGUGAAUGGCCGCCUGCAUACGAGGGAGUACACGGAACUGGUCGAGCCUUUUUGGUGGGUUCAGAGUCUCCACGACUAAUUUACCACGGCUGUUAGCGUCGUCACGAUUGUAUUUGUAUCAUAAAUCACACGAUCAUUAUACAAGAAGAGUCUUGUUGAGCCUC